GGCGGGGCGGAGCGGGCGCGGCGCGUGGCGGCGGGCGGCGGCCGCGCCGAGAGGAGCGGGCCGCGCCGGGGUGUUUGCUUUUUCUUCAGAAGCUUGAUCUAAAAAGGCCGAGUUAGCCGAAGCUAUGGGUCUGUCCGCAUCCUCCCCGGCUGUUGCUGUGCAGUCGCCAAAUGCAUCUCAACAACACUCAAUGGCGUCUCCACCUUCAGCGUGUCCUAUGCAUCAGGAAAACAUGAAUGGUUGUCCAAUGCACAUGAAGACUCCUGAUCAUAGUGCUGAGAAUGAAAACAGUAUUCCUGCACAUCAAGAAAGAGCAUAUGAAUAUGUAGCACGUCCAGUGAAGUCUGGGGCAUCUCAAGUGGAAGAUGACAUAGAUCCUAGCAAUAUGAUGCCACCUCCAAAUCAGCUUCCAUCCCCAGAUCAGCCAUUUCCACUGUCAACUGUUAGAGAAGAAUCUUCCAUUCCUAGAGCACAUUCUGACAAGAAAUGGGUCUAUCCUUCAGAGCAAAUGUUUUGGAAUGCUAUGCUAAGAAAAGGAUGGAGGUGGAAAGAUGAUGACAUAACAAGUGAAGAUAUGACCAACAUCAUUAAGAUUCACAAUCAGAAUAAUGAGCAAGCUUGGAAGGAAAUUUUGAAAUGGGAAGCUCUUCAUAUUAUGGAGUGUCCAUGUGGACCAACACUGAUGCGAUUCGGAGGCAAAGCAAAGGAGUAUUCACCAAGAGCCAGAAUACGUUCAUGGAUGGGAUAUGAGCUUCCUUUUGACAGACAUGAUUGGAUUGUUGACCGAUGUGGAAAAGAAGUCCGAUACGUUAUUGAUUAUUAUGACGGUGGAGCAGUUGAUAAGAACUACCAGUUCACUAUCUUGGAUGUUCGCCCUGCAUUUGAUUCUUUCUCGGCUGUAUGGGACAGAAUGAAGGUAGCUUGGUGGCGGUGGACGUCAUAACUAUCCCAGUUGAGUGUAGUCAAAAAGUAGAAUAUUUCUCUCUUGAACUGAGGAUUCAUGGACACUGAAACUUUAACAAAAGUUCACUGCAACUGUGAUUAUUUGCAUUAUCACCACUGUUCUUUGGGGGUCAGAAGGGAGGAGGGGGAAUUGUGUUGUUGAACACAGCGAUGCUUUAUGGUGUUUUGAAUUAAAUAAUAAAGUUACAGUAGCAAAAACAUGUAUCUUAAUUUUCUUAACUGUAAAAUCUCUUAUUUUGUCACAAAUUUAUUUUGUGACAGUAGCUUGCCUUCUGUCAUUAAAUGACUCCAGCGCUGCACCAAAUACAUGGAGUUUCUGAUCCUGACUGGAAUUGUAUUUGGUAUUAUUUCAUAAAACAGUAAAAAGUGGAGAUCUCAUAAAUGCUUUCACAUGGUUACAGUGCUUGGGUAUUUGGAUGAUGAGUAAAAGAUAAAGUUUUAGAUUGUUAAAAACUGCAUGUUUUAUUAACUAUAUAAAUCUACAUACUUGUUUUUACAUCAGCACUUUACCUGUUCAAAUACAGGCUUCCUCAGAAAAAAACAGUCAAAUUUACUCUUUUUAAGUAAAUGCAGUAUCCUAGGUACUUCGGAUACCCCUUUAGCUAAGUUACAUACACAUCUAUAGUGUUUCUUACUAUAAUCACUAUAUAGACGUAUGUAUUACUAUGUAUACGUACACCCUUGUGCAAUUUUUUGUUACAUCUGAAAAACACCUGCAGUAUGUUAGUGAAACUAACAUGCAAAAAACUUGUGUGUUGCAUGAAAGUUUCUUUAUAUAAGGUUUAAUUCUGGUCUGAAUGCAUACUUGGCUGAAGGGGUAUCUGAAGUACCUAGAAACUGCUCAAAUCAAUCUUAUUUCUAAGAAUAACACAUGCUUUUACUGUGUGACUUAAAGAUUUGAGCAGUAUUGUGCUUAAUAGGGGAAACUAACUUUUUUUUUAAUAUUCUACUGUGAUAGCUUUAAAUUUGCAUGUCUUGGGUAAAUUUCUGAUGCUACAUAGCCCUAAAUUUAAAUUAUUCCUCCCUUUCAGCAUACAUUACUCUUGAGAGUUGAGUCCCCUAUGCAAAACACUUUGGACUGGAAGGAAUAGCUGAAUAUUACAUUGUAGCCUGUCAAGUGGGAAUUUUUUCAUCAAACUUCAAAACCUUAACUGUAAACCAGCUACACAUUAAUUUUAUGCAAGUGGUUAUAUUUAAAUGACAUUAGAAGCUGUUUGAGGUGGGAGGGGGAGAACAAUGUUGCAGUCAAGUAACUCAUCUUGUUUAGUAAAAAAUGAUCCAGGGAAGCUUCCAUUUUUUAAGGUACUAAUAGAGAUAAAUGGUUCCCACUUCAGAGGCAACUGUCCUGGCCCAGGUAGGAAUAAAUCUUACUCAAAAGUCCAGAAUCCUCAGAAAAGAGUGCACAAUUAUGCCUCUCCACUUUCCCCGUCCCUUUUUGCCAUUUUUCAGAAUGCUUCAUAUAUUUCGAAGUUAAAAAUAAUUUAGAGCAAAUAAAAAUCUCCAUCUAAGUUAUUAAUGUGUAGUUGAUAUAUGAGAAGUGUGUGAGCUUAUAUUAAGAAUUAUACUUGAUUAUGAAAGAGCUACCCCUCUCUGUAGCUUCUGAGAGGACUGGUUCUACUGAGCUACUCCUCUUGACCUAAUGGUCAAGACUGAGAGGGGGACACUGCUUUUUUUUUUUAUUAUAUUUUUUUUCCCUCCCCGUUUUAUGUGUGUAUUUAGGUAACUUGAUAUACACAGAAUUGUGGUUCUGUAUUUCUCACAGCUAAAUAUGGAAAAGGUACAUCUAAGAAAGGAGUGCCUCAGACAUUUCAAAAUAAUAGUUUUCUUGACUUAUUUCAGAAGCAGCUUGAAGUUUAGUGCAUUAUGGAAAUUGUGGUUACUGCUAAAUCUGAUAAAAGAUGUCAUGUGCCACUUCAUGAAUUUAUUGCCCUCUGUUAUGUUCCAUCUUAUGUAAGUUCAAAACUGCUCUUCUCAGUGCCACUGUUAAUGAAAUGUGAUACUUCAUCAUUCAAAAAAAGGAGAAUCAAAUAAAUAUACUUUUCGUAA